AUGGUCGUGGUAGGAGAGUCCUCCUUGGCCGUGUUUGUCGUGCACGACCUCAUGCUGCUGGGCUCCAGCCACGUGUACGCGUACGGGCCAUUGGGCAACAUGGUGGCUUGGGCGGUCUUGGUUUGCACGGAUAUCGUAGCUCCGUACAAGGUGUCGGCGGACAUCUCGCUCGAGUGCGUCGCGACCGUCGAGGGCCAAGCGUGCACUGUGGGCACCAUUCACCUGGGCAGCCAGGAACGGGCGUGGGCGGUUGUAGCCACGUUUGUCUCGUGCACUAUAGCCAGUGUGUGCGUUGUGAACGUGUGGAACCGGCUUCGACAGAACCCCGUAGCGCCUCGGCCGACCGCGACGCUGCUGCUGCCGUCGUCGGUGGAAGCGUUUCUGGACGUCCCGCUGCAAAUGAAAGCGUUCAUCCAGACCAUGGACACGAUGACGUGUGUGUUGGCGGGGCUGUUUCCCCUGGCAAAGGAAGGCCACACGUUCCUCUUUGACGUCAAGUCGUGGCGGUUUGUGCCUUGUGAAAUGAUCGCGCACUUGAUUCACGUUCACAGUCCGACGUUCACGCCCGUCAAUGCAACGCACGCGGACCAUACUUCUACCAACGCCAUCAACAACGUUCAUGCUGUUCCAGACGUAGUUGCACACGAACGCGGACCGACGACCAAGCAACGCCUCAGGACCUUUAAAGUCGGAGUAAGUGUCUUGUACAUGAUCGGCACGGUCGCAACCAGCAUGACGUUUGUCCAGUACGCCAACGAAAGCACAGGGACAGUUGAAGUUUGA